GUAAGUCAGCGCACGGCAACUUUGGUCACCAUCACCAAUCCUCAUGGAGCGAGCCUGGCGGGCGCUACGGUUGUUGGCACUCUGGCCCCGGGGACCACCCUUAUUCAAUCACAACAGCAGCAAACCCAAUCGUCGCCUAUGGAGGCCUCCCAAACGCAUUUCUCUGACCCCUCCUCCCACCCCAACUGCAUGGCGCCCAACCUCAAUGUGGUAACCGUCACUUCUAACGGCGCACAUCAGCAGUGCGCCAAUACGGUGAACAUGAGCAAUGCAAAUGGCCACAUCCUGGUAAUUCCGCCCAUCCCGAACGUUCUUCCCGCACUUAGUUGUUUUCCUUUUUCGCUCUUGGGACUGCUACUGUACCGCCUUAAAGUCAAUCGAAGCAAAUAA